AUGCCGACGCCUCCCAUCCCACUCGAGACUAUCGAGCAUUCGAUCGGUUUCCUACGCGGAGACAUCCCCUCGCUUGCAGCCUGUUCACUCACAUGCCACGCGCUGCUGCCCAUCUCACGCGUACAACUAUGGCAUGAGGUCGUGUUGCCCGUGCAGUCGGACGGCUCGCAUAGCUCCCGCACCGAGACAUUCAUAGGCGUCCUCAACCGCAACCCCGCCAUCGCGCCCUACGUGCGCUCUCUCGUUCUGCACCCAAGAGAAUCUCCGGGCAUCCAGAACGUGUUCUUCAACAGGACGGCUUUGGUCACACUGAGCGCACGGCUCCCUGCGUUCCGGUCCCUACGUCUGCGCCGCUUGGCCAUGGAGUCUCUGUACGAGGUGGUGACGCUCAUCCGAGACCUGCCCCACCUCGAAACACUCGACCUGGACACUGUCAGCCUCGCAAGGAUGGGCUUGCCGGCGGAAUGGCCCCAAGAGCGUGUCACGCCCACUGGAGGAGCGGGGGACGGCCCACCGCCGGUGUGGGCGCUGCGCACGUUAUCCCUCUUCGGAGGUGCGAUACACGGUGGGGAGAUCGCACGACUGGCAGACUUCCUGGAGCGGGCGAGGGAGUUCCUACCGGGACUGAAUUCAGUCGACUUUGGCUGUCCCAUGCUUCCCAGCGGAGCUGGAGGGGCUGCCGUCGCUCCCGGGAUUCCCUCGUUCGGGCCGUCACUGCGCCACUUUGGGACUAUAUUCUGCGACAUUGAAGACGACAUGAGCCUCUCCGUUGAAGGCCGUGAACACGUGGAACGCGUCAUAUCGGGGUUACGGCGAUGCGGCUCCUUGCGGUCGCUCCACCUCCAGUACGACCGCCGUAUGCCGUACCUAGGGAGUCUGCUCCGCGAAAAGGCAUUUGGGACGCCGCAGCCCUUUACGCCAACACCGUUCUUCCUCGAGCACCUCGCAGACGUGCUGUCGACGCCCGGCCCCGCGCCACUCCCGCUCCUCGAAAGCAUACUACUCGUGUUCUACGGCCCGAAUUCGUGGCUCGUCGGCUUUGAAGCAGCGUUCGCGCGCCUUGCGGAUGCGCUCGUUGGAGAUGCUGACGGCUCGACACGCGCGCGAGGAGUUACCGAGGCGAGGAGGUACCCGCGGUUCUCGUACCUCCACGUGCAUACAUCUUUCCUUGGGAUGCUCAAGAUGGUUUCCAGAGAAGGAGACCCGAAGGUGCAGGAGCAGCGCGAACGGCAGGAGGCGGAGAGAGUGGGUCUCGUUGUUCCUAUGCUGGCGAAGUUCGUACGGGCGGGUGUGCGUGUCGAGGUAACGUGCGAUUGA